AUGAAGAAAGACGCAGUUGCAACAACGUCAUACUUUCCGGAAGAGAUCCUCCAAGAAAUCUUCUUAAGGCUACCAAGGAAGUCUCUUUCGCGAUGCAGGUGCCUAAACAAGUCUUAUUGUGCAUUAUUUGAUAGCAGUAGUUUCAAAAAAUCGUCUUUAUUGCCGUUGUCAACAUCAUCAUCAGUUUCAUCUUUAUUUCAAUCGUCAACAUCAAUGUGUGAUUCUCAUGAAAUUGUUAACCGGAUGGAGUACCCUUCCAUAUUUAAAGAUUUUGAUAAAGUUGAGUAUUUGAAUUCUGUAUAUGGUUUCCGUUGGCUGCGUACUACUGCAAAUAGUUGUGAAGAUUAUUAUAUUUGGGAUUCCACAAACAAUGAGUACAAGAAAAUGCCCAUAGCAAGAAAAGUAAAAAUUGCUAACAUACGUGGAUAUGGAUCUGGUUACGACUACAAGAAUGACGAUUAUAAAAUGGUCAGGGUUGUUGUCAAUUGGGCAUCAAAGUGUUCAGAUGUUGAUGUAUACAUUGGGAUUAAAUUCAUGGAAAAUAAUUCGGAAAAUACCUUUCUAUCUUUACUACAACGGAAGUCACGGAGUGCUCUAUAA